UCGCUUUGCAGCCUACGAUGAUCUGCAGCCGCCAGCUCGCAACUCGCAUCCCAAACGCUGCAAUCGUUAUAUGGACUGCGCCGAGCAGUCGCCAGUUGUGGAGGAUAGCGAUGCCGAGCUGACUGCUGACAACUCCAAAAUGCUCAACGCACUCUUUGGCCUCGUGCAGAGCACCCCAGCCCCGGCUCAUCCCAUGGAAGCGACGCUCACGCCUUACCAGCUGCCUGCCAUGUACUACAACGACUUCUACGAGGAUCUGCUGACCAACAAGCGCAACGAUGUCCACGCCGCCGGUUGCGACUGCAAGAACGAUCUCAAGGACUUGGGUAGCAGAUUUUACCCUCGCUAUCUGAUGAUCGCUGUCUGCGAAUCGCCAAUGCGUGAUGCAAAAUGCACGCAGGGCUCCAACUGCAAACCGCUGGAGUACAAGGUAAAGGUGCUGGAACUCACUACCGACAAGACAGCUGCCUCUUCCUCCAGGCUGUGGAUAGCCGAGGAUAUGUCGGAGCCUUGGGUGUGGAAAUUCAAGACAGUCACCGUGCCCGCCGGCUGCUUCUGCACAAAUUAA